AUGGAGUACCUGAUUCGGCCGCUCACUGCACUGAAGGACCAACAUGGAGCAGUACUUCACGGCACCAGCGUCAGCGUCCUUGCAUACGCUGAUGAUCUCGCCCUUGUGGCGAGGACUACUAGACCUUCAGUCUUCCGGAUCUACGGUGCGCCGCUUCGGGUCCUCGGCGAAGGGGAGUCCUACCAACACCUUGGAGUCCCCACCGGGAAGGUGGACCAAACCCCAGUCGCCACCAUCGCCAGAUUGGAAGCCGAGACUGAGGCCGUCCUUCGGAGUGUACUGGCGCCUUGGCAGAAGCUGCACGCCUUGCGGACCUUCAUCAUUCUGCAGUUAGAGUUCAAUCUGAAGACCGCGCAGAUCCGCAAGACUGCACUUAGGAGCCUGGACAGCAAGAUCAAGUGUGGUGUGAAGAAGAUCUUCAACGUUCCUUCCCGCGCCAGUGCCGAGUUGGUCUAUCUUCCACCUUCCUGCGGCGGGGCUGGACUCGUCCAGCUGGCGGACCUCUCGGACCUGGCCGCCAUCAACCACGCGUUCAGGCUCCUCACCUCAUCGGAUGCCAGGGUGGCCUCGCUUGCUUUGGAGGGAUUGGCGGCCUCUGCGGGCCAGAGGAGUGCUGCCCGCGCUGGAAUGGAGUUCCUUGUGGGAUACCUCAACGGCGACUUCCCCGGGAACUCCAAUGUUGCCACCACUUUUUCUGCCGCGCGGGCGGCUCUGAAUAGGCUGAAGAAGCGCUUGCCUGACUUGCGCUGGGGCUGGUGUGCCGGCAGGGCAACUCUUCAAAUAUCGAUCCCUGGGGACAGGGCCCUCAGGAUCGUCGACAGGGGCUCCCGUCACGCGAUGUCGGCCAGUAUGCGCUCCUUCAGGGCCACCCUUUCCGCGAAACCCGACCAGGGAAGGGUGGCCAGGGUCACCACCACCUGCGCCACUGCCAACCACAUGCUGCACGAGGGGCGCUACACUCGCUUCGCGGACUGGCGGUUUGUUCACCGGGCCAGGCUGAAUGUCCUCCCUCUCAACCGCUGCCGACGCUGGGGAGUCAACGAUCGGCGUUGUAGGCGGUGUGGUCGACACGACGAGACCACCGCCCACGUGCUCUGCCACUGCACCUCCAGCCUCGCUACUGGCAUCACGCGAAGACACAACGCCGUCCAGGAUCUCCUCGUCGCGGCCAUCAGACCUGCGGAGGGAGUUGAGGUCCGCGUGAACCAGCGGGUGCCACUUCAAGCGCUGCUCCAAGGCCGUGAGGACGACUUCCCGGAGGAGAUGGUGCGCUGCCGUCCGGAUGUGGUGAUGAUCGACGCUCACAACAAGAUCGUCAAGAUAGUCGACAUCGCCGUUCCAUACGAGGACGGCUGGCGGGCCAUCGAAGCUGCGCGGGAGAGGAAGCUCGACGCCUAUGGUCCACUCGCCCGGAUGCUGACGGCCGGAGGCUACAGGACUUCCGUGGACGCAUUCGUCAUCGGCUCCCUGGGUGCGUGGGACAGUGCCAACUGGGGAACCCUGGCACGUCUCGGGGUCCACCGUAGAUACGGCACAUCCCUCUCCCGUCGCUGCGUCUCCGAGGCCAUUCGCUGGAGCCGGGACAUAUAUGUCACUCAUGUAUCCGGCGUCCAGCAGUGGCAAGACUGA